UCAGAACAGCAGCGUGGUACCAAUACAUUUCCGACAUGUUCGACCGAGCCGAGUAGCUACGAUGCUGAUCGACUCACUGAAUUCCGAAUAAAAAAGGAGGUUGACACAUUUGCAUACAACUUCGACUCAUAUCCUUUUUCUGAAUUCUGUGACGAUGAGAGUAAGUUCCUGAAACGUCGUGGACCUCGGACAACCAUCAAGCAGAACCAGCUCGACGUGCUAAACCGAAUUUUCUCAUCAACCCCGAAACCUUCGAAGCAUGCCCGAGCUAAACUGGCCCUCGAAACAGGUCUCAGCAUGAGGGUAAUACAGGUAUGGUUCCAAAAUCGUCGCAGUAAAGAACGUCGAUUGAAACAUCUCUGCAAUUAUCUGCGGCACUACGAGCAACGAGGCCUUCUACCUCCUCCUAUUCAAUUCGCUGCCAGUGAAGGUGGCAGCUCUUCGGAAGCAGCAUCAUUCAGUCAGUACUUGAACGGCAUAGAGGGUCAGUUCGAAUGA